CGCAGACAUUCGCCUAUUGUCGGUUCACGGCUAACACAGGCAACCACUGCACCUAGCACUUGGAAUGUUUGCAGCCCCAAAAGGCUGGAUGAAGUGUUCAGCUUUCAACAGCCAGACAACUGGUGAGGCGGGUGGAUCCAUGGCCUGCAUACAGCAGACUUCUUCUCAGCCGUCCCAGCCAGCCACAGCAGUGCCAACCCCGCAGCUGAGGAUUCCAAAUAAAGAGAAAUGAACAUUCAGGUCAAAUUCAAUAUAAAAGGCCCCAGAAGCCCCAAUCAUUUUUUGAAUUGAAUCCAUUGGACUUGAAUCACGGCGAAUGAAAAAAAGAAAGGAAACAUUUCGAAUCCAACAUGACAACCACCAUCACCAACGCCGCCGCCGCCACAUCCGUUGUCCCCCAAUUUCUCGCCCAGUACGGGAAAGAUGCCUAUACUAAGGGCUGGGCAGACCUCUGGGAGCGAGGCGGCAACUAUGUGGACUGGGACAUGGGAUGCUCAAACCCAGCACUCGAAGACACCCUCCUCCAGCAUCGGUCCAUCCUUGGGGGUCCAAUAACCUUAGACGAGCACGGACGGCGAUACCGAAAGAAAGCUCUUGUACCCGGAUGCGGCAGUGGCCUUGAUGUCCUUCUCCUCGCCAGCUUCGGAUACGAUGCGUAUGGUCUGGAAUACAGUCAUUCGGCAGUGCAGACGUGCAAAGCGGAGGAGAGCAGAAGCAACGCGCGGGAUGAUUACCCAGUCCGAGAUGAGAAGAUUGGUCGGGGGAAUGUCACUUUCGUGCAGGGCGACUUCUUCGAUGAUGCAUGGCUAGAAGAGCUAGGGCUUGGACGGGGAGAAUAUGACGUGAUUUAUGACCACUCGGUAGGUUUCCAUCGGCUCCGCUCCCCAUUCUUGGUCGGCCACUCAUUCAGGCGUAGUUCUUCUGCGCACUAAACCCAUCCAUCCGUCCUCAAUGGGGUCAACGUAAAGCACAACUCCUCGCUCCAACCGGUCGUCUCAUCUGUCUCGAAUACCCUCGACAUCUAGAUCCUUCGGAAAUGGGACCGCCGUACGUGGCACUAUCGGAAGAUUACCUUGAGCAUCUCACUCAGCCCGGCCUUCAACGUGUGGUAUAUUGGAAGCCUGAUCGGACACAUGCGAAUGGAUUUGACGCGCAGGGUGUUAUUCAAGAUCGGGUUUCGAUUUGGUGUUGGUGAGAAUGGAGCAAGAUUUUCGCGGACAUCAAUGCUUUCGCCCAAAUAUUUGUUUCUUGGUAGCGGUCCCUGAGCUGUAUAUAUUUUCUGCAUCAUUAGCUUCGCUCAUAUACUAUUCCAUUGAAUUUACAUUGAUAAGCA